CCUUUGGCAGUGCGGCACACCCUCAGCAAUGCUUUGGGGCGUUGACAUAAUGGGCUUUCUGAACCUGCAAACCAGGCAAACACUCUGAGGGUUUGACAUCGAAGGAACACUGGACAGCGGGAACACUCGUGAUUGACACUGUCCCUUACAACCAGCUGACACUGGGAGAAGUGCGACUUCUCCAGGAUUUGCAGCUGGGAACACCAACAUUCAGGGAGCUGUUAAAUGAGUGGAUCUUCUGGAUUUGUGUGACGUGACAUUCCCCUGGGAAGGAUUUUGAACAUGUGAUCAUUCCGAUUCGGCUUUUGCCUGGAGGAAGGGUGGCACAAAAUCCCCUAAUGGCAAGUAAUAGCGUGACUUACCUCGCGUAUUAAUGCAGGUGUAAGUACAGAGGUGUCCGUCUUGCUGAGGAGUUGGUCACCACCGUGAGGGAUGAACGCACAAAGUUAUCUGAAAAGCAACUGGUAUGGACAGAAGAAUGUCGGCAAAUUGAAGAGGCGAUUGGAGGCGGUGAAAAGCUCCUGGAGCCCACCGCUCGCCUUCGAUCUCAGUCACAACGAGAGCGUUAGGUUGGCCACGGACGCGCUGCUGAACUCUGGACCUGGAGCUUAUGAUGAAAUGUUGUCUUGGGAGGGGGAGCUGAGCUUCUUAUCUCCUUCUGAAAUCCAGUACAUUAUUAGAAACGCCGAGGGUCCCUCUCAACUCCAGGAACCACAUUCAGAAGAAGGAGAAAUUAACAGUCAGGCGGUGGAAGUCCCCUCCAACACGGGCGACACUUACUUCCCGAUGGAAACUGACAGCCACGGGCCGGUGCUGGAGCAGGGCUGGCCAAUGUCAAAUAAAAAGUACUACCUGAAGGGGCCCUCAAACAUCAGCGUCUACUUUCAGACCGAGAAGUCUCACAGCAUCAAAGAUGUGUUGCGGUUUUACAUCAACCAGGCUGCCGAGCUGAUCGCCAUUGUGAUGGAUGUAUUCACUGACAUCGACAUCUUCUGUGAUGUGCUUGAAGCUGCCAACAAGCGGAAUGUGACCGUUUACUUGCUGCUGGACCAGUGCUCAUUACAGUACUUCACUGAAAUGUGUGACAAACUCCAGUUAACAAGCAACCACUUAAAGAAUAUUGGAGUCCGACAGGUUUCUGGUGAUCUCUACUGUGCAAAGUCAGGAAAGAAAUUCUCAGGCCAAGUUCAGGAAAACUUCAUCAUCAUAGACUGCCUGUAUGCAUUAGCGGGAUCUUACAGUUUUACUUGGCUGUCGGCACAGGUCCACAAGAACUUCAUCACCCUCUAUUCCGGCCAUGUUGUGGAGUGCUUUGAUGAGGAGUUCCGUCGACUGUACUCUCAGUCCCAGCAGGUGAAGGAGUUCAGCUCAGUGGAAGCGGUGCCCUGCUCCCGUGUGAGCAGCCAGCCACGGCCCUUCACCACCCCCACAGCCGUGUGGCCCAAGAGUCGCAACACUCACUCAGACAGCUUCAGCAGCCUGUCCAACCUGAGCGACCCACACAACCUUCCCCACUCCCCGCCCCUGGUGAGCGAACAACGGCGGCACAGUGGGGCUGCCCCUCAGUAUAGGGUGGUGUACACCCCCCUUGUCCAACACAGGAAACAGCCCUUCCUCCUGACCCCUGCUGACAGACCUUGCCCUGCUCCGGCCACCUGCCUCGUCGGGGAGAUUCUGAAACCUGUUCCGUGCUCCAAGGACAUUAACGUUGUCAGGACAGAGAGGGGGGAGCCACAGAGUUCAUUCCAACUGUUGUCACUUGGGCAACUUUACUCACCGCCAGACACCAAACACUGGUUCAGUCCAGAGCAAACUCAUAGAGGGAAAUACACCACAGACCUGCUGUUCAGACCCAACAAUCUGAUGGUUCCCAAGCUCUUCAACAACAGAUAUUAAAAAUAUGCAUGGAAACAUGCACGCAGUAUUCUGGAGGUCAGAGUGUGGAAAUAAUGAUCUACUGGGUGGACAUCCAAGGGCAUAAAUCCUUCACCAGUCCCAUUCUCUAGCUGCCUACCUUGCUUAGUAAACAAAAUCAAUGCUGGGAACUCUCAACAGGUCAGACAGCAUCUGUGGAGAGAGAACCAGAGUCAGCAUUUCAGGAAAACAUCCCCUUCAUCUGGACUGGAAAAUGAGAAAACAAGCAUGUUUUAAGUUACAGAGAAGGAAAGGGAAUUACAGCUCCACUCAGUACUUGGUUCUGUUCACAUCAAGGAACCUAAGGUUGGCCAGGGAGUAAAUCAGCAGCAUAACAACCUGUCAGCUUAGGGCUUACAUUAUUCAAGAUCAAUGUCAUGUGUCCACAAAUGAAGUCUUUUCAACUGAGCUACACAGAGGUUUCACUGGCAAAGAUCAAACACUCUUUUUCCUCUAUGUACAUUUUUCUCUCCAACCUUAUAGCUAUCCAAUGUUCUUUGUGUCUAUCUGGUUGACUCUGUCAUUCAAUCCUUGUGUAUAUAUCUGCUGUUCUAUCUCAGUGUCAUCCUCAGCUCAGUGUUAGUACUCUUACCUCUGGUUCGAGACUUACUCCAGAGACCUGACCACAUAAUCAUGAGAGUGGUGCACUGUCAGAGGUGCUGCUUCACACAGACCCUUCAUACAGAUGUAGUUGGAUGGAGAUGAUGAUUCAGAAUCGUACAACACAGAAACAGUCCCUUCAGCCCACCGAGUCCACGCCAAUAUACCCAGUUACCCCAGUCCUACACUUUAAUUUAUUCUCCUCACAUUCCCGACAACUCCCUCCAGAUUCUACCAAUCGCCUACACACCAGGGACCGUUUACAGCUCUGGGAUGUGGGAGGAAACCGGAGCGCCCAGGGAAACACACGUGGUUACAGGAGAACAUGCAAACUCCACACAGACAGCACCUAAGGUCAGGAUUGAACCCAGGUCACUGGAGAUGCGAGGCAGCAGCUCUAUUAGCUGCGCUGCCCACUGGCAUUGAAUGAGGAGCAACUAAAGAAUUGUCUGUGGUUAACAUUAUCCCUUGGUCAACACGACUAAAACAGAUUAACUGGUCAUUUAUUCCACUGCUGUUAAUAGAGUCAUGCAGCAUGGAAACAGGCCCUUUGGCCCAGCUGGUCUAUGCCAACCAAGAUGCCCCAUCCAACCUAGUCCCAUUUGCCAGCAUUUGGCCCAUAACCUUCUAAACCUUUUCAAUCCAUGUACCUGUCCAACUGCCUUUUAAAAGUUUUUAAUGUACCUGCCUCAUCCACUUCCUCUGACAGCUUAUUCCACAUAGACACCACCCUUUGUGUGUAAAAACAAAGGUUCCUAUUAAAUCUCUCCCCCUCACCUUAAACCUAUGCCCUCCAGUUCUUAAUUCCCCAACACUGGGGAAAAAGACUGAGUACAUUCACUCUAUCGAUGCCCCUCAUGAUUUUUUACACUUCUAUAAGAUCACCUCUCAGUUAUCAGGAUCUUGCCGUGUAUAAAUUAGUUACUGCAUCUCCCACAUUGGAACAGUGACUACAUUCAACGCUGCUUGUUAAACAUCUGGGAUGAUGUCUAAUGUAUCUUUCUCUCCCAUCCACUGUUUGUGAUUCUGAUUAUAUGACAUCUUUCUCUCUAUGGCUGCUUAUGCCUGAUUCUCUCCACGUCCUUACUCAGAUGUGAGGUUUUCUGUCUUAAGUGCUUCCGUGAGUUUCUCCCACUCCGUCACAAGAACAACUCAAGAAAAUAGGAGGAGAAGUAGGCCACUCAGCCCCUCAAACCUGCCCACCAUUCUCUAUGAUCAUGGCUGAUCUGCCCCAGGCCUCAUCUCCUCUCCUGUGCCUGUUUCCCAUGCCCCUCAAUUUCCAGAUCUUUCAAAAAUUUAUCUACCACUUCUUUAAAUACUCCAAAAAUCUAGCCUCACAACCCUCGAGUAGACAAUUAGAGAUUCACCAUCCUUUGUCAGAAUAGGUAGAGUGUACACAGUUCCUGAUUCUAUCCGACUCUCUUCCUCUCUGACCUGUUCUCCCUCAGUACACUGCUGCAGAUGACCACCUUUCUAUUCCUGUAUGCAUUGUUUAUGAUCUCUCACCGAUCCUCUUGAUUCUCUCUGCCCCAACACUGCUUCGUUUCCCAAAAUAUGAAAAGUCUUGGCCUUAAUGGUUUGAUCUGGUCAUCACUCAGUGAUUCAGGGAAGUGGGGAGUUUGUGGGGGAAGAAAAGAAAUGGGACUAAGAAUAACACAGAAACUGUUCACAUUGAAUCCUAUACUACUGAGCAAAGUCAACAAUCAAGUGUUCAAAUACUACGGCUGAGCAUCUGAGUUAUUCACAGUUCACAUCUACUUCUCUAGCCUCUAAUAAAUUGACGAUGAUUUAUGUAUAACAUUGGGCAAUCAGAAGACCAACCCUAUCCUGUACAAAUGAAACUGGAACGUUACCUGAUUAGCUACUGAGGCACAAGUCUUUAGCACAGUGCGAGACUGUUGGUUUUAAUUGGGUUUAAGGGCUACUUUCAAGCUAAAAGGUCUCAUGGUAACUUCAUUUCCCAUCACAAGGAAAUAAAAAUAAUCUUUCAAAUUCUAAGUACAAACUUUUCUUUUUGAAAAAAAUAAUUAGGCUUCAAACCAUUCGACUUGGAAUUGUAUACUGCUGUUCCUUCACCAUGGCCGAGUCCAAAUCCUAGAGAUGCGUCACCAACAGUUCUCUGGGUGCACCUUCAUCACAGAAUGUAGUUGCUCAAUAUAAUUUAGUUAUAAAUAUAUUUCUAUGUAUAUUAAAUAAUUACUGCCUUUUUGUACCUUACUUCUUUUCUGUAUACUUACUUUUUUUCUGUAUAGAACACCUCAGCACAUGCUUUACCAAUUGCUAACUACCGAUAAUGCAAGAGAAACUGAACAUGUUAGUGGAGUUGCCAACUACUGGAUUCAUUUAACAGUCUUCAUGAGGUAAUCAAGGAUGAAGAAUAACUGUUGACUUUGCCAGCAACAUAAACAGCCAGAGAAUUUUUUUUAAAAAUACAGUAUCAUGUUUGUAAAUCCUUUUGUGAAUUUUCAGCUCCAUGCUCUAAUAAAAUCUCAAAAGCUCUGUUUUUAUGAAGUGG